AUGCUCUCACCGAUCGUCACCGCGACAUUGCAGGCGACGGCCAUCGCAUCCGCGUCCAAUGUCCUAGCACAAUACAUCGAACAGCGGGACCACGAAGUACGAUACUCAUGCCAGAAAACAUCGCGUCCCGCGAAGCAAAGCGCUGACGAAGAAUACUACUCAGGGCCCGUUCACGCUCUCUCUCCCCGACUUCCUUCGCUUCGUCAUCCUCUCGCUUCUCACGGCUCCCCCCAACUUCCUCUGGCAGAUGUUCCUGGAGCGGACGUUCCCGGGCAGGAAGGCCGUCCCGGUUUCGGAUCCCGAGGACGCAGAGAAAGGAAACACGGAAGAAGAAGGAGAGAAGGUGUUGAAGCUGGAUUGGAAAAAUACCAUGAUCAAGUGGUUCGUGGAUUGCAUCAGCAUGGGUGCUCUGCUCAACACCACGGCCUUUUUGAUCCUCAUGGGGUUGAUGAAGGGGAGGACGUGGAAUGAGAUUGCAACGGCGUUGAGGACAGUAAGUCAUACCAUUUUUCAAUUUUCACGCCCGAUAUCCGGUUUCCUUUUUACUUUUCGCUUUUCUUCUUGUAUUCUUUGUAGGAGAAGCAUGUAAGUGACCAUAUAUUCUCUCUUCUCUCCACAGGAAACUUUCCCGAUUAUAUUUGCGAGUUACAAGAUUUGGCCGCUGGCUUCGGUGGUCAAUUUCGCUCUGAUCCCGGUGGAGAAGAGGAUUGUGUUUUUGAGUGCUGUGGGAUUGGGUAAGUCUGCGAGUGAUCAUGGUGUGUUGGGAUGUUGGCUGAUUCCGUUAAGGCUGGGGCAUUUACAUGAGCUUGGCUGCCUCAAGACAGUAA